AGUUGAUGCCCACAAAUUCGUGCCAUUGCAUGCCAACCCUAGAUGAAUACGUUCACGCCUCGGACCAAAUCCAUGUCCAGGUGAGAAUUGCGCUAUGGACUUGGGAAGCAAAGCCAUUUCCCUGACACAGGCUCAAGUUGAGGAGUUUCAAGAAGCCUUCGGUUUGUUCGACAAGGAUGGCGACGGGCGCAUCAGUGUGGAUGAGCUGGGAGUGGUGCUGAAAGCCCUAGGCAGAAAGCCGACGCAGGAAGAGCUGAAGGCCAUGGUGGGGGAAGCCGACGAGGACGGCAGCGGGGAGAUCGAGUUCCCGGAGUUCCUGAAGCUGAUGGCCGCCAAGCUGCACGACAUGGACUCCGUGGAGGAGAUGCAGGAGGCGUUCUCUGUGUUUGACCGCGACAAGAGCGGUCGGGUGACUCCGAGCGAGCUGAAGCACGUCAUGAACAGCUUGGGCGAGAAGGUGACGAACGAAGAGGUGGAGGAGAUGAUCAAGGAGGCGGACAUCGAUGGGGAUGGAGAACUCAGCUUCCAGGACUUCCUGCAGUUCGUGCAGUUGAAAGGCCUCAAUGCUAGAUAGCCCUGGAGCUGAUGCUUGUUUCACCGAGAGUGUAGAGCUUUGGCGAGAAGCGUGACAUGAAUCAGAUGCGAAGCACAUUGCUUGUCGAUUGUCAAAACACCGCACCAAGUGUCCGAGCUACGCGGAGGCUCACUGCUUGAGAGUCUCAGAGUGCACGAAUCAUAGAGUGGCGGUGGCGAC